AUGAGUACCGUUUUAGGUGCUCCCUGGGUGGAGAAAUACCGUCCUGAAACGUUUAGUGACAUUAUUUCCCAUGAAGACAUCCUGUCUACCUUGAUGAUAUUUGCAGAGAAAGGUCAAUUACCGCAUCUUCUAUUUCAUGGACCGCCUGGAACGGGUAAGACUUCUACCAUAAUGGCUGUAUCGCGUUAUUUGUACGGUUCUCAUCGUAAUUCCUACGUAAUGGAGUUGAAUGCAUCUGAUGAGAGGGGUAUAGAUACUGUUCGUGAGCAGAUAAAGACGUUUGCUGAGACUUCUAACACCUUUUCUAGCGGUGUGGUUGGCAGCGAAACUGGGCCUCGCACCCAUUUGAAACUGAUUAUUUUGGACGAGGCAGACCAGAUGACGAACGCUGCACAGAAUUCUUUGCGUCGUAUAAUGGAGAUAUAUUCGUCGAACGUUCGUUUUUGUCUUAUUUGUAACUUUAUGAAUCGGAUAAUUCCACCUAUUCAAUCCCGUUGUACUGGAUUUCGUUUCCCUCCGUUAAAGUCUGAGCUUGUAAAGCGCCGUACUUUUGACAUUGCUAAAAUUGAGGGUUUGAAUUUAUCUGAUUGUGCUUUGGAUACGUUGGCUGAGGUUGGUCAGGGUGACAUGCGUCGCGUAUUGAACUGUCUCCAAGUAACAGCUAUGUCCUUGGGUGCUAAAAGUGAUACCGUCAUCGAUAGUAACGUUGUUCUUACAACUGCUGGGUUGCCGAAGCCUUCUGAGAUAAAGGAUCUACUGCAGCGUUUGAUGCAGGAGCCUUUCAAGAGUUGCGUGGACCAUAUAGUAGAGUUGCAUCAGGUGCAGGGUUACUCCGUCGAGGACCUUGUUACAGCUCUAUAUCGGUUGGUAUUGCGUAUUGAUUGGCCCAACGUUGUCAUCGUGCAGCUGCUCAUUCGUUUGGGUGACAUUGAGCAGCGGCUUUCGGCUGGUGCCACUCCUUACAUUCAAAUCGCAUCCAUUGUGAGCGCUUUUGCCGAAGCCCGUUUUGAAAUCGAGCGUUUGAAAUUUGACCUUAGUCUUAAGUAA